AUGUAUGAUCAAACUAAUACACAAAAUCCUCGUCGAUCAUCAAUGACGAAUAAUAAAUCUCGUUCCAAUUCAUCAUCUUCGACUAUUUUCAAACGUCAAUCGUCUGGUUAUAUUCCAUUAUUAACUACUAAUUCUCGUCCAUUAUCAAAUAGUACAAAUUUCCCACAACGAUCUAUUAUUAAUAAUAAAACAAAACGUAAAACAGAAGAAUAUGAAAAUGAUCCAUUUGAAUAUGAUGUUCCAACAAGUAAUUAUGCUUCUGUACGAAAACAACAAAGUCAAUUAUCAACAAUUAAGCGUAUCAAACCUGAUCAAUCAACUGUACCCAAAAUGAAACUUUUACCAGAAGAUAAUUCUUUACGAUUAGUCACAUCUACUGUUCAAGGAAUGAAACAUUGGACAAAUAAAAAUUUACCAUAUCCAAUUCUAUUUGAAAUUUUUGGUAAACUUGAUUCUCAAAUAACAUCUUUAUCAUUAAAUAAUACACGUCAAUUUUCAUUAAUUGAUGAUAAAGAUCGUAUUGAAUGUAUCUAUGCUGAAAUGGAUCAAUCAUUUUCUAAUAUUGAUCGAGAUGUUCAACUUCGAAUUAUUUGUCGAUUAGAAUCUGAAAGUACAAUAGCUCGUUGUAUUGCUAUUCGUGUUGCUAACAAAGAUGAAUGGCAUGAAAGACAUGCUAUUAUUCAACAAUGUGAUAUACAAUUAAAUGAAGAUGAUCUUAAUUCGAAAAAAUUAAAAAAGAAUAACAAAAAAUUACACAAAUAG